AUGCUGACGACAAGGUUCCUCACGCUGAGGACAAGGUUCCUCACGCUAGCUGAGGACAAGGUUCCUCACGCUGAGGACAAGGUUCCUCACGCUGAGGACAAGGUUCCUCACGCUGAGGACAAGGUUCCUCACGCUGAGGACAAGGUUCUUCACGCUGAGGACAAGGUUCCUCACGCUGAGGACAAGGUUCUUCCCGCUGAGGACAAAAUUUUCCUCACGCUGAGGACAAGGUUCCUCACGCUGGGGACAAGGUACCUCACGCUGAGGACAAGGUUCCUCACGCUGAGCACAAGGUUCCUCACGCUGAGGACAAGGUUCCUCAAGCUGUGGACAAGGUUCCCCACGCUGAGGACAAGGUUCCUCACGCUGAAGACAAGGUUCCUCACGCUGAGAACAAGGUUUCUCACGCUGAGAACAAGGUUCCUCCCGCUGAGGACAAGGUUCUUCACGCUGAGGACAAGGUUCCAAUUGAAGAACCAAUCUAUCCGACAAUAAAAACAUAA